AGAGCCACAGCCCCGGAGCCUCUCCCUGGGCGGCCAUGUGGGCUUCGACAGUCUCCCUGACCAGCUGGUCAGUAAGUCGGUCACUCAGGGCUUCAGCUUCAACAUCCUCUGUGUAGGGGAGACUGGCAUCGGCAAGUCCACACUGAUGAACACGCUCUUCAACACCACCUUCGAGACAGAGGAAGCCAGUCACCAUGAGGAAUGUGUGCGCUUGCGGCCACAGACCUACAACCUCCAAGAGAGCAACGUGCACCUCAAGCUGACCAUCGUGGACGCCGUGGGCUUCGGGGAUCAGAUCAAUAAGGACGAGAGUUACAGGCCCAUCGUCGACUACAUUGAUGCGCAGUUUGAAAACUACCUGCAGGAGGAGCUGAAGAUCCGCCGCUCGCUCUUCGACUACCAUGACACGAGGAUCCAUGUCUGCCUCUACUUCAUUACGCCCACGGGGCACUCCCUCAAGUCCCUGGAUCUGGUGACCAUGAAGAAACUGGACAGCAAAGUGAACAUUAUUCCCAUCAUCGCCAAGGCUGACACCAUCUCCAAGAGUGAGCUUCACAAGUUCAAGAUCAAGAUCAUGGGCGAGCUGGUCAGCAAUGGGGUCCAGAUCUACCAGUUUCCCACCGACGACGAGGCCGUCGCAGAAAUUAACGCCGUCAUGAAUGCACACCUGCCCUUUGCAGUAGUGGGCAGCACCGAGGAGGUGAAGGUGGGGAACAAGCUGGUCCGAGCACGGCAGUACCCUUGGGGCGUGGUGCAGGUGGAGAAUGAGAACCACUGCGACUUCGUCAAGCUCCGGGAGAUGCUGAUCCGGGUGAACAUGGAGGACCUCCGUGAACAGACUCACAGCCGACACUACGAGCUGUACCGGCGCUGCAAGUUGGAGGAGAUGGGCUUCCAGGACAGCGACGGUGACAGCCAACCCUUCAGCCUGCAAGAGACAUACGAGGCCAAGAGGAAGGAGUUUCUGAAUGAGCUGCAGCGGAAGGAAGAAGAGAUGAGGCAGAUGUUUGUCAACAAAGUGAAGGAGACUGAGCUGGAGUUGAAGGAGAAGGAAAGGGAGCUUCACGAGAAGUUUGAGCACCUAAAGCGGAUCCAUCAGGAGGAGAAGCGCAAGGUGGAGGAAAAACGCCGAGAGCUGGAGGAGGAGACCAGCGCCUUCACGCGCAGGAAGGCCGCUGUGGAGGCUCUGCAGUCUCAGGCCUUGCAUGCCACCUCGCAGCAGCCCCUGCGGAAGGACAAGGACCGGAAGAAAGCCAGUGGCUGGUCUUCCAUUUACAGUGUCACUAUCCCCUGAUGGAGCAGUUCUGUGAUACUCUAACCGAGGCCCUGCGGGGACGCUGGGAGACAGCGUACGUGCGUGUCGUAGGUGUGGCCUCGCGGUCUGGUAUACGUGCUGCGAAAUUUGCCCAGUUUCCCAUCUUUUUAAGUUUUUUCUAACCGAGAGCUCGAGUUCAAUAACAACUUUUAAAACACUUCUAAAUUUUUAUUUGGCAUAAGCAUAAAGACAAAUAAUAUCCUCUCCCAUUAUUUUCAGCAGUAACACAAAGUCCCUGAUUUUUACAAACUAAAACUAUCUCUAAACCUUUCUUCUGUAUCAAGUACCCUUAUAAUAUACAGGGAGAGGUGGGGAAUAAACAUCCUGUAAUGACAGUGUUUGGAAUUUCUUUACGGAUGGAAGUUGAACAUGAACGAGACCUCCUCCAGUGUUUUUACUGUGAAUGUAAAUGGAACAGCAGCCCAAAGCCUGUCUGUGUGCCUCCAGGUGCUAUCUGUAAACAGGGACCACCGCCAUGUGUGUUAAGUGUUUGACUCCAACUAAGGCACCCCCCUUCUUCCCUCCAUUUUCUGAAUGCACAGAGGACUCAGCUGGGAAAGGUUUUCAGCAGGUCAUUGUUUGCUUUCUCAUAGCUGAAUCACAGGGCAAAGACAGAAAGUGUCUGAUGUAUAUGGACAAGUUAAGGAGGGAAAAAAAAGUCUGCAAAGAAGCUUUUCCCUUUGACUGCAUUCUUAAGGGAAACAUUUGAAGAAAGUCCAAGCAGCAUUGAUUCUUCCAUGUUCUCGCUGGUUUGCAAGCCAUGGAGAGGGUAGAAUAUAUGGCCUGGUAAAUGAAUCAAUGAGAAGAUUUCAUAGACUAUCGAUGGUGCUCUGUGCUAAAGUAGGCUACAGAGUAACUCACGGCCCUGCCCUCAAGGAGCUCACAGUCUAGUGCACUUUCUAUCAGAAACCCGAGGAAGCUACGCUCACUUAUUGUUGGAUUAGUGGUGUGUUCUUGGUGUCCUCCAUCUUCCUUCCUGUCUUCCCUCCUUCUCCCUUGACCUGCUUCAUUGAUUUCCAGGGCCAAGUCCUGCUUACACCCAUUCUCCUGAGAUUUAUUUCAUUCAUAGGAAGGUGGCAAGUGUGCUGUGUGUGUCUGCUGAGGCAUCACCAGCAAAAGGCAGCCCUUACACAUGAGAGCCUCUUUGUUAAGGCUUUGUUAAGGCUCAAAGUGAAAAUCCUCUAGGUGUUAUCCAGGAGGAGGGCUGGAUCCAGAUUUUGAGGGGUUGAAAGCUUGAACUCCUUGAAAAACCUUCAAGAAAAAAAUAUGAACAUAAAAUUAGAUACUGGAUCUUGGAAGGGACCCUGAGAUUAAGGUUCAUUAGCCUCACAGUAGAUCCCCUCUGGUUGUGACUGAUAGCCAGUGCUCUGGUAUGGGAAUCCAGAACGGCAGGCCAGCAUCUCCGAGGCAGAUGUGGGCUGGGGCUGGAUUGUCUCUAGGGUAAUUAUGUGUCAGAAAUUGUACUCACUUGGGUCAAAGUAUAACCUGUUACAGGGUCUCUUGACUAAUGUGUCUCCAAAGAUGUGGUUCAGUGACCCAGCACGAUCACUAGUUACAUGAGAAAUGAGGAUUCCGGUUCAGGGGCCAGCCGGGGGACCACGGGAUGGAAAGAUUCCACCGCAGCCUGAGGCCACCCCUUGGAGGCACAGGAAGGCCAGAAUGGUGGCUGGUUACUUCUCUGCAGGCCCAAGGCUUCCCAGCAUCCCUGGGGAGACCUGCCAUCACUUUCUAGGGUCUCCUCCGUUUCAGUGUGUCUCACCAAAAUUCUCUCCCUGUGCUGUUUUGUUUGCAAUUUUGUCAUAACUACCUGAGCCCAAAUCACUCCUCGGGGCACAAGGUGACUUAAAACUUGCCAGUAUUUAGCAAGCUGCCCCUCACACAUGACCUAUCUGCAGGAUCUGAUCCACUUCUCCUUUUUUUCCCCCUCAGUAUCAUGUUUAUUAUUAGGGUUGUCGAUGGAGUCAUGUUACAUGUACUGCCAUGUCUACCGUGUUUAUUUUGGGUAGAGUCACCAUGUAAUUUAUUGUCCAGACUCAAACUUUGGAGAGUGAUAGGAGAUGCUGUUAAUAAUUAUUCUAAAUAGACAGGUCAAACCAGACCUUCUCAGGCAAAUCAGGAUGUUUUGUCUCCUUAGUCCUGAGUGACCUGAAUGUAGGUAGUUUGUAAUUGUGCAGAUGGAUUGAAUAUGUACAUACAUGUCUGUGUGGGUGUUCCCUGUUAAAGGGGGCUCAUUACUGGAUAAGAGGCCUGAAGGAAGUGUGGCUUGCUAAUAUGUUACGUUACCAUGCUUUUCUAAAACUGCUUCACUGUUAAUUCAUUUAUUCCACUCAUUGAUUGUUUUUGUUCCUUUUCAUUCACUUUG